AUGGUUGAAUAUUCAGAUUCAGAAUUCAAAAAAAAGCUGAAGCUCUUAACAGCCUCUCAGAAAGCAAUUAAUUCAUUGUCUACAUGGUGCCUUGAACGACAUGAACAUUACAAAAGCAUAAUCAGUAUCUGGUUAAAUACUAUUAAGAAAGUGAAGAUCAAGAAACGUUUGCUUUUGUUUUAUUUAGCCAACCAUGUCAUACAAUACAGUAAGAAACAAAAAUACAAGUUUAUUGAUGGAUGGAAAAUUGCUAUUCAAAAAGCCAUCCCUUAUGUAAGAGAUGAAAAAAUACUUUCUAAAAUUUUAAGAGUUAUUAAAAUUUGGAGAGAACGACAUGUAUAUAAUCAUAGUUAUUUAGCUGAUUUAACUGGCUUAUUAUCUGCAAAAAAUCUUGAAUUUAAAUUUGCCGAUCCUGUACAAGGUUGUCAAGCAUGUUUCAUAAACGCUGAAAAAGUGAAACUUCUAAGGAAGAAAUUGAAAUCCUUGAUUGGUUCUAUGCCAACAGAUUGUCGACUGCUUUCACCUGAUACUAAUGAGUCAUUCUCUUCAACAUCUUCUAUGUCUAUUGAAGACUUAAACAUACAUAAUAUCAAUUACGAUACUGUAUUAAACUCUGAUAAUAUUGAUAGCAUUAAUGAUACUGAUAUUGAUGCACCCACUACAAUUAUCAAUAAUACUAAGUCAUAUAUUACUCCUGAAAAUUCUAUACCUGAUCAAGAAUUGUAUGACCCAGCUUCUGCGGGUAAUCCAGCAAUUGAAAUCGAAGAUCAACAAUCAUUAACCAUUCAGUUUCCAGAUACUCCAUCACCGCCUCCAGAUAAGACUUUUACGAAUAACAAUGAUAAAAGUUCUAUAUAUUGUACAAGUAGUUAUGAAGAUUAUGCACAUAAUCCAAUGUCAUCUACUCGUCAAUUUAUAACUUCCGGAGUCUCUAUAAAUAUGGCACCUCCAACUAAUUCAUCAUCAAUUAUAAAUGAAAAUACUAUAACAGUUCCUCAUGUUCCACAAACCGCUUGGGAUGUAACUGUACACAACGAUGGGUCAACAAAUGACACAAUAGCAUCAAAUUAUGGAGGUACAGGAAUAGAUCACUGUGCCUUAACAUCAAAAAUAACAGAUAGAGAUGAAAUAGUUUCUCCAGAAAUGAUAACUAAAACUUCUGUUUUUGACCACAGAAACUUAAUUAGUUUGACACAUUCUUCUCAUAAUAAUUCACCAGCGGUAUCUGAUAACCAAGCAUUUUCAAACAUUAUUAUACAUCCGUCACAACUAGAUUUGCUUAAGAAAGUAUUCAGUAAACCACUAAAUAAUUUAAAUAAUUUAGAAAGGAUUGAUAAGGAUUUAAGUGAUGAUGAUCAAAAACAUCCUGUAGCAUUACCACUUUCACCGCCAAUUAAAACAUCGACGCCACCGACUAUGACAACAUCAACGCCACCACCAAUUAAACCACCGACGCCACCACCUAUGCCAACCUCAACGCCACUACGAUUGUCACUACCAAUGAAACCACCAACACCACUACCUAUGUCUACAUCAACGCAACCACCAUUGCCACCACCAUUACCACCACCAAUGAAACCACCACCGCCACCACCAUUGCCACCACCUCCACCAACUUCUGUUAUUGACCACACCGACUUAAUUAGUUUGACACAUUCUACUCAUAAUAGUUCACCAACGGUAUCUGAUAACCCAGGAUUUUCAAACAUUAUACAUCCGUCACAACUAGAUUUGCUUAUGAAAGUAUUCAGUAAACCACAAAAAAAUGUAGAUAAUUUAGAAAGGAUUGAUAUGGAUUUAAGUGAUGAUGAUCAAAAACAUCCUGUAGCAUUACUUCCACCACCAAUUAAUCCACCGACGCCACCACCUAUGCCAACAUCAACACCACUACGAUUGUCACCACCAAUGAAACCACCAACACCACUACCUAUGUCUACAUCAACGCAACCGCCAUUGCCACCAACAUUACCACCACCAAUGAAACCACCACCGCCACCACCAUUGCCACCACCUCCACCAACUUCUGUUAUUGACCACACCGACUUAAUUAGUUUGACACAUUCUACUCAUAAUAGUUCACCAACGGUAUCUGAUAACCAAGAAUUUUCAAACAUUUUUAUACAUCCGCCACAACUAGAUUUGCUUAUGGAAGUAAUCAGUAGACCACAAAAAAGUUUAGAUAAUUUGGAAAGGAUUGAUAUGGAUUUAAGUGAUGAUGAUCAAAAACAUCCUGUAGCAUUACUUCCUCCACUUUCACCACCAAUUAAACAACCGACGCCAACAUCUACGCCAAUACUAUUGUCACUACCAAUUAAACCACCAACACCACUAUAUAUGCCAACAUCAACUCCACUGCCAUCGCCGUCAACAAUGAAACCAUCGAUGCAACCGCCAUUGCCACCACCAUUACCACCAUCACAGAAACCACCACCGCCACCGCCAUUGCCACUACUAUUACCACCACCUCUACCAUCUAUGCCAACAUCAACACUACCGCCAUUGUCACUACCAAUGAAACCACCAACGUCACUACCUAUGUUUACAUCAACGAAACGGCCAUUGCCACCACCAUUACUACCAUCACAAAAACCACCACCGCCGUUGCCACUACUAUUAUCAUCACCAAUGAAACUACCACCUCCACCAUCUAUGCCAACAUCAACACCACUGCCAUUGCCGCCACCGACACAACUGCCAUUGCCACCACCGACACAACUGCCAUUGCCACCACCAUUACUACAACAAAUGAAACUACCACCUCCACCAUCUAUGCCAACAUCAACGCCACCGCCAUUGCUGCCACCAAUGAAACCUACGACGCAAUCGCCAUUGCCACCACCAUUACCACCAACACAGAAACCACCAACGCCAUCGUCAUCAAAGCCACUACCUUUUAUCUUGCCUUUUAACUUGGUCCAACAAAGUAUACCAGGUGUUACAAACCAGUUGGAACAAUCUUCGCAACCAUUAAGGAAAGAUAGACACAGUUUAAAUAAAAUGCAGUUGAAUUUAGGGCAACCUUCUCAAUGUCAUUCAAAAUUUGUAUCUAAUCAACCUCAAAUUCAAUGGCAUGUACAAGUUCAGGGAAUCAAAUCAAAAGAAGAUUUUACGCCAAAAUGGAAGGGAAGAAGAAUUAGUAAUUGGCCAUCAAGAGAUCCUGGAAUUUACAAUCAAAAUUCUAGACCAGCUGGUACAUUAAAUCAGGGAUCACGUAUUGGGCCCGAGGAAUCAGCCUUGAAAAUUCAUACCAAAGGAGAUUUUAUGCCAGAAAGGAAGGAUGGAAAUAUUUACUUUUCAUCAAGAGAUCCAAGACUUUUGAAUCAACGUAGACCAGCUGGUACAUUGAAUCAGGGACCAUGUAUUGGCUCCGAGGAAUCAAACUUGAAUUGCAGAAAAAUUGAAGAACCUGCUCCAACGCCCUUAAAUAGAAAAUAA